AUGGCUGAAGUUAAUCGUACUACUGAAAGACAUCAUUCUCGUAGUAAUGGUGGAUUGAAUUCAGGGCUCAUUAAAGAUGAAGUUGUAUCGUUGCAGGAGAAGGUACAAGUUGACCAAGAGAUUGAAAGUGUCCAACAAAAAGACGGAGGAGCUUCGUCGUUUACUCCUGGUUUUUCAAAAUUUAUGUUGAAGAGAGAAUCGUUAUUGGAAGGACAAUUAUCCAGUAAUUUAUCUCCAAGAAGAAAGUUCCUUACUGUAAUGAUAUUGAAAUCUUUGAAUGGGACCUUUGAUACGAAAUAUUUGGCUAUUCCUUUUAAGCCGGAUGGGAUGAAAUUGGGGAGGCCUGUUGCAUCGAACGCUAAUAAUAAUUCUAACUCUAAUAACAGUAGCACUAAUAACAACAACAGCGGUAAUAAUAAUAAUAGUAAUAAUAAUAAUAGUAAUAAUAAUGGCAACCCCAAUAAUGGCAACCCCAAUAAUGGCAAUAACAAUAACAAUAAUAAUUCUAGGAACAGGGAUAUGCAUCAACCACCCAUGGUGAAAUCGGAUAAUGGAUAUUUCGAUUCAAGAGUAUUGUCUAGAAAUCAUGCAAUGUUGACUUGUGAUCCUAAUACUGGGACAAUUUUAAUUCAUGAUCUGAAAUCGAGUAAUGGGACUUUUGUUAAUGGAAAUAGGAUUGGCCAAUCUGAUGUACCUUUGAAAAUCGGCGACAUGGUGGAUUUGGGUACAGAUAUAGAUUCAAAAUCUGAACAUAGAAAGAUUAGUGCAUAUAUCGAAGAUAUAUCUAUUGUGCCUCUGACGUGUGAAAAUACCUGCUUUUGGAGUGACACGAGAACAUUAGAUGUGGAGGAUGACGAUAGCCCAUCAAUAAGAGAAAGACAUCCAUCAAUUCUUAAACAAGCUGCAUACGAAACUACUUUAUUUGGAGACAGUAGUCACCUUGAUCUUGAAGACACAAUUUUAGGUUUAGAAUCCGAACUACUUAGUGGGAUAUACAUUAACAAUUCAAUAGGUACAAGCUCUGAACUGUCGAAUGUUUUGAGACUAUUGGCCACUGAAAUAAUACUGGAAAGAAGAUCAUCAUUGAAGAUCAAAUCAGCUGAGGAGUUUUUAAAUAACUUUACUUCAGGAUUCGAAUAUUUAAAAAAAAUUAUGAUGGAACAUAACGAUAGGCAAUUAGCAACAAUUCAAAUAAAUUUAAAGAAAGAAUUAUGUGAACAACAUGAUAGUAUUGUAGAAGAAUAUGAGCAGAAGAUGAAAAAAAUUGAAAAGAGAAAUAAGAGUUUAAAAGAGUCAUUCGAGAUAAAACGAAAGGAAAAUAAUGAAACCAUAAGGAAUAUUAACAAUGAGAUUGAAGAUUUAAAGACUAUGCUGGAAGUAGAACGCUAUAAGAAUUCUCAACGUUUGAAGAAAGACUCCAAAAUUAAAGAUAAUGCUAAAACGACUUUAAAGAAAGAUGAUGAUGAAAAGACUGAAAUAAAUUCUGAAAAAAUUCCUGAAAGAGGAAGACGAUUUCCUAACGGGUUCUUUAAUACCAUAUUGUUAUUCAGCGGUAUUUCAUUCAUUAUUAUUGUAUAUUCAUUUAAUAUCCCUUCUAAAUAA